AUGCUCUUAGAGAGAAACAGGGAGGUGGCUGCUACACAUGAGCCCAUUCCCCUUGUUACUGAGCUCCAAGCUCAAGGCAAAAUGGGUGAACUUACGACAAUGGUUGUCACUUGCGUGGAUCCUAGAUGCAUUCCCGAGAACUACUUUAAUCUGAAAACCGGAGAGGUUUUUGUAAACCGUAACGUUGGAGGCAACAUUCAAUACGCUAUGCGAGACAUCCUCAUACUGAAUGCGGCCUUCCCGGAUUCAUUUCAAGAGAUCAUCGUCGUCCAUCACACUGACUGUGGAAGUCUUCGUUUCAAAGAUGAUGGUAUGGACAAGCUGGUGAAGAAUGUUAUCGGCGAGGCACACUCGGCUGCCAUUGACAACGUUGCAUGGGCUGGUGUUGUGAAUGACUUGGAGUGGUUCCGAUCUAGCCCAAUUGUCCCGAAGCACAUGAAAGAUAAGGUUCGCGGUCUCAUUUUUGAUAUCCAAACUGGUAAAGUGGAGGAAGUCAAAUGA